AUGCCUACGACGACAAUGCCUCACAAACACCACUCUCCUAUCGACAAGGAGCAUUCUUCUUUUCCUCAGACUCAAAUUCAUGCCCAGACUUAUGCUCACCAGCACACUCUCACCAGCAACUACUCGUCUGAUCACUGCAAGCAGCUCCAACCUCAAUACCAAUCUCUCCAGUCCACCGAGUCUUCAAAGACUUCAUUCCCGAGGAGAAAAUCAUCCAUGUUGGAGAUCACUAGUCUUUUAUGUGAUUUUGCCUCUGCAUCAAUGAACUCUCCGUCUGCUGACUCGCAACCGGAAGACGAAAGCGAAAUAAUGGACUCGGAACCGAUCAAUUCAUCCUUCAUGUUCAGUCAAAAUCAUGUCUCCAAUCAUGUCUCCUCCGCUACCCCCGCUUCGUCGCCCCCACUCUCUCCCGGAGAUAAUGAUAUUCAACAUGAUCGUUGCGCGCAAUGCUUUCACGAAGCUAAGUAUCAGAUUCAUGACUACUACGCCGACUCGGAUGCAUACGGUCGUCAACACCGAGAACCGUCUCCGUUUCAAUCGUCCGCGCAAUCGUCGCCGCCCAUUCCGCAACAGCAGAAAAUAACUCUUCCGUCCAUCAAAACAUUGGCAACUGCGGACGACCUGAGAUCUGACAUGCACCGCGAGCCAAGUCACAGCUCGGCUGCUCGUGAUCCUUGCAAACCAUGGUCACAAAUGCAACGUUUAGAACAGCUAGCAACCAUAACGGAAACAUACGGUCAGUCACAACCGCAAGAUCCCAACAACAUUCGUCGUCUGCCUUCGCUGCUUGCUCCUCCUCAAAUGAGUGGAAACGUCUCUCCGGUUCAAGGAUCAAUGACAAAACUCAGUCCCCACUUGUCGGCCGUUCAUCAACAGCCAAGUCUCCGUCGGUCAUCGUAUGACAUUUCUCAGUCGAGAUAUUCACCGAUAUUAUCCGGGCCAAAUUCACACUACUCUUCUCGUCGCAUGCCACAGCAAGACCAGAGACGACACUCGGAUUCUCCUGUGCACGUCGACCAUAGAUAUAGUGACGUCCACCAUUUUCAUAGCCAGCUUCGUGCACUGCCUCCAACUUAUCAUCAUCCGGGAUAUCAACAGCAUGCAUAUCCUUUCCAUCCGCACAUGUACCAGCAGCAUCAACAUCAUGCCCAUGCGCACUUGACUCACGCUACCUUUCAUCACGAUCCCAACUCUGCCGUUCCAAUCGUUCCCAUAGUCAAAGCCAAACGUAAGAGAGCCAAUGCCAGUCAGCUAAAGGUAUUAAAUCAGGUAUUUCAACAUACCUUCUUCCCAUCAACCGAACAGCGUAUUCAACUCGGAAAGCAACUGGGAAUGUCCCCGCGAACGGUGCAAAUAUGGUUCCAGAACAAGCGACAAACACAGAAAAGGCGUGCCGACGCGGAAGCAGGAAAUGGUAACAAGUUGAGGAGACUGAGCAGCGCAAGUACAGGCGAAGAUGCUGAAGAUUGUUGUGACAGUGAUGGGCGACUAUCUCGUUCUCCUCAGCGUUCUCCCCAGCGUUCUCCUCAGCGUUCUCCUCAGCGUUCUCCUCAGCGUUCUCCUCGGCUUUCCGAGUUCUCAGCUACAUCGAAAAGUAAUAAUGCUCAAGAUAGUGAUGCUACUCCAGUCCUCAAUAAGAGAUUGCCUUCUAUCACGGCUGCAUUUGCUACUCAUCAUGCUUUGCCACCUAUUUCCCGUCUUGCACAUGCCCGCGCUGUUGGUAAUGAUUUAUAG